AUGCAUGGUUUGGCCGAUAAAGAUUUAAGUGCUCAAUUAGCAGAAGAAUUAACAUAUUAUGAAAAAGAAAAAGAUUCAAUAUCCACUUCAACAGAAAUUAUUGAUAAUGUAAACGAUUAUAAAGAAAAUUCUUCUAUCAUAACUAAACCAACAAACGUAUCACUACAUCAAUUCAAUUGGGAACUUGUUGAUAAGAGAACUUUGAAUGAAGUUAAUUUGACAAGAGAAUUUAAUGAUGAAAAGAUUCGAAUCCUAUUCAAGGUUACACCAGUAGACUUUUUGGGUGACGAAUCAGAAUUACUUGACGCUGAGGAGGAAGAGGAUGAAGAAGAAGUUGAAAUUUCAGAACAAUCUGAAGAAUCAACGGCAACAUCAUCAACAUAUGAAACAAGUAAAAGCGAAGAAUUAAUCGAUUCUUCUGAUGACGAUUUUGAAGAAGAACCAGAUCCCGAAAAAACUUUAAGAUGUGCCAUAACUAUCGAUAAAAAAGAAAAAGGAGUAUUAGCAUUCGAAGCGUUUGCUCGAGAAG